GAGGGGAUAGGGUGUGUCUUUUAAGUGUUUGGAAUGCAACCCUGCACUUUUUGGUACUCGAAGUCUGUCCGUCAGGGGGUGCUGGCUCGCGCGUCACAAUUUCACAUACAGAACUAGCAUACACACAGCACACAACAAAAGCUAGGCUAUCGAUAUACUACCCUGUGUCUCUUUCCCGUCGAGACAGCUUAGGAAAUUGGCAAUAUAGCUAGCCAGCUGUUAUUUAUCUUUUAAUAAAGAUGUCGACCACGACCGGCGGUGGAGAGUUUGGCAACCCUCUGCGGAAAUUCAAGCUCGUAUUCUUAGGCGAACAAAGUGUGGGAAAGACAUCACUUAUCACCAGGUUUAUGUAUGACAGCUUUGACAACACCUAUCAGGCAACAAUUGGCAUAGACUUUUUAUCGAAGACGAUGUAUCUGGAAGAUCGUACGGUCCGACUCCAGCUCUGGGACACUGCUGGACAGGAGCGUUUCCGUAGUCUCAUUCCCAGCUACAUCCGCGACUCCACCAUCGCUGUGGUGGUUUAUGACAUCACCAACCUCAAUUCAUUCCAGCAAACCUCUAAGUGGAUUGAUGAUGUCAGAACAGAGAGAGGAAGUGAUGUCAUUAUCAUGCUUGUGGGAAACAAAACAGACCUGGCUGAUAAAAGACAGAUCACCACGGAAGAGGGCGAGCAGAGAGCUAAGGAACUGAAUGUCAUGUUCAUUGAAACCAGCGCAAAGACUGGCUACAAUGUCAAACAGCUGUUUCGCCGUGUUGCCGCAGCCCUACCUGGGAUGGAUAGCACACCAGAGAAGAGCAAAGAGGACAUGAUCGAUAUCAAACUGGAGAAGCCGCCGGAGAUGGCUGUGACAGAGAGCAGCUGCUCCUGCUAGUAAACACCUAAACCCCCACCUGACCUGCCUCCUCCCCACCAACAGCUUGUGUCUCAGUGGCCACUCUCCCCACCCAUGGCUCACUGCCAUCGGUUGCAGAACCUCUUUCGACUCAGUGAUUUUUCAGAGUAACUGUGUGGAUGUGCUAUUACUCUGUAUUUAAACAGAUCAUCUAAAGAUAAUAUUAAAGGUUAAACGUAAAACUGUCAACACAGAAUAGGUUAAAUGCUGAAUAUGAUCAGAUUGUCAUCCAACUGCAUGGCAUUAUCUAGGAUUGCAGACUGACAACUAAAUGCUCCUGGGUUAUUGCACUUUUUGGAGCAUUAGUGCCAUCACACUUGUCAUUGUUGUAAAGUGAUAUUGUUUGAGAUUAUUUAAGUGACUAUGAAAGGUCUCAGUCCCUUUUUAGUUAUUUGGUUUUAUUUCCAAUGAGAGUCUGUAGUGGGUCAGCUACAGUAUUCUAUAUACGUGAUCAACAAAGUGUCUGUUACUGCUUCCCAUAAUUCUUUAAAUACUUUGUUGCAAAAAGAUUCCCCUCAACUUGAUGAACAUUAUUUUGAAUAAUUGUUGGCUCAAAUCUAUUAAUUUAAGCCUAAUGAAUAAGGGAUAUUUUUAAGGGCAAGAACAGCCAAAUAACUUCAUUUAGGAUUACUGUAGUUAGUCGACUGAGGAUUUCAAUGGCGGCUGGUUUGUUAAUUUGGCAGAUUGUCCAAGGGGAUGCUUCAGAAAGUAUGUGUAGCCAAUCCAAUAGGAAACAAGAGUAUACAUUUUUAGAAAAGGGACAUAAUCCCAAAUUCAUUGUACUGGAAAAUACUAACUUAAAUCUACUGAUGUACACUUCAAAACUAUGGCUGCUCUGUCAGAGGAACUUUCCUCGGUCAUCUACAUGCAUACAAUGGAUGCAGGUGUCAACCCUUUACACACUAAAUGGAAACAUGUCACUUGGCCCAUACAAUGUCUGCUACUCACCCUCCAAUUGAUAUAUGUAUUGUCUUGUUUUCAUCACACUUGCAGGAACAGCGUGCUCAUCAUGCAGGAUUUAUAGACCGUUAAGAACACAGAUACCUUGCUUGUUUGUUCACCAACUGUGUGCACUGAAACGAGUCCCAAUAUUGUAAAGAUCGAGAGGGCUGCUGACGGGCCUCUGGCUUCAGUAGUUGUUUUGUAGAGCAGUUUAGAUAGGAAGCGUUAGCUGUAUCUGAGGAUCAACUAACACCCUUGCUGUAAAAAAAAACAAGUGCAGUGAAGAUCAUUUUUAUCGCUAUUGCCCGUGUAUGACUGUUGUUUUUAAUUUAUUUAACACAAGCAACUGUAAAAUUGCAUUGUAUGCUUGACAAAAAUGAGAGUUGCUGGCACGCACGUGGAAGUUAGUGUUUUAUUUAUUUCCGUGUCUCUGCUUGGAUGCUGAAUUUCAAAGUAAAAGCCAGGCCUGGUUGUUUAGUCUCAAGUCACCACGGUCACACUGAUGUUGACUCCCUGCAGUGUGUAUAGUCCGUGGAUUGGUUUAGGUACGGAAAAGGCUUCACUUCACCUCUGUCCUUUACCACGUACACACGGUGGCAUACACAAACCAAAUAACCACAGUCAAAAAUGGCCCAACCACACACCAAUAGCUGUAGAUUGUUUGAAAAUGUCAACGUUUAAACAAAUGUAGAUAAGUAUUUAAUUACAUCGAACAACCUUUAGCUUAAUAGCUAAAUCUAUUACCCGUCGCUGACUGAAUACUCAGCUCUCUGCUUUUCUGAAGUGUCUGUCCAGUUGAAAUAUGUCUACUAGUGUUUAGCAAUGUUUCUGUGAAUAACAAUGUACUGUUAGUAUUACUCUGCUGUAAACAAAAAGGAUAGUUAAAGAACACAAGUGUAUCACAUGAAGUAAAGGUAUUUCACCAAAAUUGUUCCAAGCUUCUCGCAAAUGAUUUUUAUGAAUGUUAUUAAUAGGAUAAGCCUACCUUUACAUACACAUUACUUUAGAAAUGUUCUUAACUUUGUUCCUACAAAAUGAAGAAUGUCAGAUUUGUUAUUUAUCAGUGUGGUCUUUAAAAUAUCUUAUUUUACCUCUUUCUUUUUUUAUCCG